AUCUUGAGAGAGAAGCAAGAGAAGAGAAUCAAAAAGUGGACUUGAUAUAUAAUAAUUGAAAAAGUAGCUGGUCAUACGUAUCCUUCUCUAUCAUCUCCUGCUUUUUCUCUACUUUUACCAUCUAAUUUUCCAUUCAAUUUCGUAGCUUUCCGUAUUUUCUUUCUUCUUUUUUCGCUUUUUCUGGUUUUUUCCGUAUGAAAAAAUAAAUCAUUGCCCCAUUUUCCUCUGAUGGUACCGUGAUUCGGAGUGUAGUACUCAAAUACUCAUCAAACUCGUUCUCUCUCUCUAUCCCUUUCCCUGACUCAACAUCUUCACGCGUCUCUGUACUAUAUUUCCAUGUUCAGAUCCUUCCUCCUCACUGAUUACAGUUUUCGCAUCGAGAAAAUCGUGGGCUUUGAGUUCCUUAACCCUGUCUUACUUUUUCUGGGGUUUUAAGGAAGCUCGAUUUCCUUUGAAUUCUACCUGGCUUAUAUCAUACAAACCGAAACUGGGCGGCUCUGCUUCUUCUUGAUUUAGAAAUGGUGGUUCGCGAGACCUGCUUCCUGAAUUCUCUUUGAAUUGGGUUUUAGUUUUUUCAUAUUGCGAAGGUUGAGGCCUAUCUAUGCCCUUUUUGUUCUUGGGUUGUGGUUUCUUUUCCACGCCCGUCUGAGGACAUUUAUUGUUCUGGAUCUUCUUUAGAUCUGGAAUCCAGAUUAGGUAAUCAGUCUUUUGAGCUGUGCACUGGCGUGACGUUUCGAUUUGUUCGGAAAUCUGAAUCAAAUAAGAACCGUGAGUAACAUGAUUAGUGGAGGUGAUGCUCCAAAAAUGCCCAAAGGUCGGCGGUCCAUGUUUGCAGUUGAAGAAGCAAGUUGCAAAGGUGAGGUUGGAGGAGACAUACCUCUGAAGAAAGGCCCUUGGACAGCAGCAGAGGAUGCAAUUUUAAUAGAUUAUGUCAAAAAACAUGGAGAAGGAAAUUGGAAUGCAGUCCAAAAGCACUCAGGCCUUGCCCGCUGUGGAAAAAGCUGCCGUUUACGAUGGGCAAAUCACUUGAGGCCAGAAUUAAAAAAGGGUGCAUUUACUGAAGAGGAGGAGCGUCGAAUCAUUGAGCUCCAUGCUAGGAUGGGAAACAAAUGGGCUCGAAUGGCAACAGAGUUGCCUGGACGUACAGAUAAUGAGAUAAAGAAUUACUGGAACACUAGAAUUAAGAGACUGCAACGAGCUGGAUUGCCAAUUUAUCCUCCUGACAUAUGCCAGCGGGUACGCAGUCAAGAAAAUCCAAAUAUGAGUACUUUGAUGAGUGGAGCCAGCCAACACUCUGAUAUCCCGCAAGGAGGCAACUUCAAAGUCCCAGAACUGGAUUUCAAACAAUAUGAUUUCAGUCGGAGUUAUCUCCCAUAUGGUCCAUCUAUUUUAGAUAUUCCUGACAGCAGUCUGUUUGAGCAAACUGUAGGCCCACCACAUAGUGAUGUUAUGUUGUUCGGAAACCCUCCGAAACGCCUUAGGGAGUCAGAUAUGCUUUAUAAUAGAUUGGACAAUAGUAGCAGCUGUAUGAUCCCAGUGUUUGAUAAGUUUGUGGAUUAUACUGCUGAGCCACCUCCUGUUUUGCCGUCUCCAGGCAAUCUGUCCCUUGACACCAAUGAUCCGUUUCAUGGUGAUAAUCUUCAUGGCAGCCAUGCCGCUUUAAAUGGCACUAUCUCUUCUUCAGCGCCCAUAUCUGAGGCAAUGAAGUUGGAGCUCCCUUCACUCCAAUAUUUAGAAACUCAACAAGGUAGCUGGGAUGCAAAUGCAUCCCCACUUCCUUCACUUGAGUCCGUUGAUACAAUGUUUCAGUCUUCUCCUGUUGAACAGUACCAGUCAUGUACUGUUACUCCAGAUAGUAGUGGUUUGUUAGAAUCAAUAAUCUACGACACCAAGCUUCCCAAGGGCCCAUACAAUGAUUCAUUGUGGAAGACUCCUGAUGACUGCAUACUGAAUAUGGCUAAAACUGAGACAGAAUGGGACCACCAUGGGGAUACAAAUUCACCCUUAGGUCACUCUUCUGCCUCAGUUCUUACAGAUUAUACUCCUCCUGUUAGCUUCUGCUCAGUUGAUGAACCCAACUUCAUUGAACAUGCAAAAGCAGGUCUUGAAAUGAAGCAGGAAGUCAUUUCACAGGGUCCACCUAACGUUUCUCAAAGGAAAGAAACUUCUAGUCAGAUAGACAUAACAAGGCCAGAUGCUUUGCUUGACAUGUGUUGGUUCGGCAAUGACACCAGUUACCGCUAA